CCCUUCAAAAACCCCAGCGCGGUGCUCUUCUUCCCCUAAAGUGAGUGAUUAGCUUUGUACCUGCACUUGCUGCUGACCUAGCUCAGAGAGAGCGCUUUGCAUUUGAUUUUUCGGCAGAGAGAGAGCUUUGUAUUGGCCGUUGUAGUAGGGAGAGAGAGAGAUUCUCGGAUUAGCCGAGAGAGGUGAGGCCUUUAUUGCUCAUAGAAGACAACAUCGAGGAUCAGCCGAGUGAGUUGAAUCUCUUUUUUUUCUCAAGGACUCAAAAUUUUGGCUCUGGCUGCGCAGCUCAUUGGGGAGGGAGAGGUAACCGAGCAUGGUAGGCUCCAGUUUCUCUGUUUGGGCAUUGUGGAGAAUUCGUACCAUCUGAAUAAAUGAACGUUAUAGAUGGUUGCAGCUCUAUUUCAGUAGAUAAGGCUGGAGCCUAAUGCCAACCUCAUCCCUACAAACCAGAUGUACACUUCUCUCUCAGCCUAUAUCUCAUCUGAUUAAAAACUCAGCAGCUGCCAUUUUAAAAGCAUGUCAUUGUUAAGGCUUCUUGGCGCCAUUCAAGAUGAAGGGUUGGACUUUGAGCAAAGGAGAUUCAUGAGACAAGAGGGAGAAAGCAACAUGGAGAGUAACAGAGCAUUAACAACUGCGUGAGUGAGAGAGAUCAGGGAGGAGAGAGGUCACAAGGCACCCACAAGUUUGUGUGUGAGAGACUCUAUGGCUCUAAGGCUUCUUCUCUUCCUCCGCCUCCCUAACAGAACCUGGCCGAUGCACCAAUAUAGGGCACCAUACUCAAGCCACACGGCACCAUUGCCACAAGGCUCAGCCCCUUGCUUCUCUCUCUAUCUCGACCGUGCCAAAAUCAUCGACCAAAUCCGCCUCCUCCUCCGCACUACCAGUCCGAAUGCCUUUCCCUCUUCUCUCUCUUCUCUUGCCCCGCACAUUGACACCACCAUUGCUGUCCACGCCCUUCGGUCCUCCCCCUCUCCCUCUGCCACCCUCUCUCUCUUCCACUUCCUGCACAACCUCCCCCACUUCUCCCACUCCCCCAACACUUGCCGUGCUGCCCUCUCCUCCCUCCUCUACACCACCGUGCACCACCCCCAGCUCUCUCCCUCUUCUUCAUCUGCCACGCCGUACACUGCUUUCUCUCUCCUCAUUGAUCGCAUCAAUUCCAGUCAGUUCCCUGGUGUUUCUCUCUCUUUCAUGGACCACCUCCGCUUUCUCUGUGCCGCCAAUGACCUCCCCAGAGCCCUUCAACUCUUUUCCCACACUGCUCGUCACAACCCUAGUUCUGCAAACCCCCAAAACCCCAUUUUGAAGCCUCUACAAAAUUCUAGUUCUCCUCAAACCCUCAAUCUCAAGUCAAAGAAGGUCCAUUUGUGCACUGAGGCCUAUAACUUAAUGAUGGAACUCUUUGCUCGUAAUGGUCGUCAUGACGAAUCCACUCGCCUCUUCCUUUAUAUGCUUAAUAAGGGAAACCUCCCUAAUUCGCGAACGUAUACUGUGAUCAUAAGGCAUAUGGUGGAUAUGGGCAAAGCAAAGGAGGGAUUUGAGGUGUUUAAGAGGUUGCCUGGUAUGAGAGUUAAGCGCACUAGGUUGCAGUACACCUUGUUAAUUCAAGCUUUCUCUCAGUUGGGUGAUUCUGACAUGGUGCUUGUUUUGGUUAGAGAUAUGCAAAAGGAUGGCGUCCUGCCUAUGCGAUCCUCUGUCCAGGCAUUAAGGAAGGUUGGGCUCAAAAAGGAGGCUGAAGAAAUGGUUAAGGAUUUCUUCACACUUGAUUCAAGAAUUGGGUCUAUACAAGGCUCGAGCCUUUGCACUAGUUUCUUUGAUGAUGAUCAAGAAGGUGAUGUUGAUGAUGAUGGUGAUGGUGAUAAUGAUGAUGAUGAUGAUGAUGAUAAUGGGUUGGAUGGAAAUGAUGAAUUGGUGUCAUUGAAGCCAUGGGUGGACCCUUAUGCAAUUGCAAGUUGCUUGAGGGACUGGGAUCAUGCAGAGGUCUCGGCUUUAGGGAAAGCGAACAUAGUUUGGACUGCUCGUUUAGUUGGCAAAGUGUUGAGGGGUUUCAAGAGAGCAGAUUCAGCAUGGGAAUUCUUUUGUUGGGUUGCUUAUCAACCCGGUUUCACACAUGAUGUCUUCAACAUUUCGAGGAUGGCAGUCCUUUUAGCACGGCAAGGCCAUACCGAAUUGGUUAAUCGCCUCCUAUCAAAGGUGGUAGAGAAAGAAGGAAUUCAGAUCUCUUUUAGCACUAUAAGGCUUAUAAUUGAUGCCUUUGGGAUUUCGAAAAAUGCAGAUGCUGCACUGAAAGUGUUUCGAGACUUCUCGUCGAAUUCUUUGGGAUAUUCAGAGAACCACAAUUUGUUAAUGUUGUAUUCUUCACUUUUGAGGACCUUUAUCAAGUGUAAAAAAGGUGCCAAAGCUACGGAGCUCCUUGAAGAGAUGAUGUUAAGUGGAAUUCAACCCGAUAUCCCGAUGUUAUUGGGUUUGUUAGAGCACUUUGCAAUGGAAGGAGACUUGAAGAGGGUGGAACAAUUGUUUGGCAUGGCUAGACAGUGUGUGAUUGAGCCUGAUGCUUAUAUGUAUAAGAUCCUUAUCCAUGCUUAUUGUAAGAGGGAGAGGUCAGCUUUAGCAAUGAGGGUCUUUGAGGUUAUGCAAAAUGCAGGGUUUAUGCCUGAUGUGGCCACCAAGAAUGUGCUUGUCAAUAGUUUGUGGAAGGAGGGGAAGCGAAGAGAGGCAGCUUCGAUUGAGGAGAGAAUUGGGAGCGAUGAUGAUAGUCUUCCAAAAGUUAUUCUUGGUCAUCCAUGGACAGUGAGUGGUGAAGAUCUCAUGUAUGUCCAUGAUAUCUAUGCCAAAUGCUUCACAAGAAGUGAAGCAGAGGAAGAUAUUCAAUUAAGCGGCUAAAUGGCAUUCCCCAAUCAUGGGUUUUACCUAGUCCAACCUCAAGUGGUCGUAUUCCAGCUCGGAACUCUAUCCAGUCCUACUCACUUUGGCUGAUCCUUUGGAGGACAAACUAGUUUGGAUACUUGUCCCUGAUGGUAAUUUCAUGGUUAAAAUAGCUUGAGAACUUUUCAGUGGAGAGGAACCUUGCGGCCUGAUAUUGAAGAGGUUUGGGAAGGACCAGCUCAUCCAAGGGCAUAAUGGUUUUCUUGGCUAGCUCUUCAUGGUGUGGCUGCAUGGAUAUGCGCAAAGAGGACUACCAGACCUUUGAGCACCUCCUAGUCAAUGGCCCCCAGAAGUUCAUCUGAAGAGAGGCACAAGAGCACUCUAGUGAUGCGAUACCCAUUUCAAUUUCAACCCCCCUCUCUCUCUUGACGACCUCCUUUUCCCCCACUUUGCCACCAAAGCUUCAAUGGUGUAAACUUGGCAUCUCUGGUCCUGGUAGAGAGAGAGGGGUAGAGGAGAGAGAAAAUGGAUGAUUAGAGGAGUUCCAGGGGUUGUUCUGUGUAGCAGGGAGAUGUCAAGUGGGUGUAGCUGCAUAGUGUGGUUCAGGAGGGAUCUAGAGUUGAAGCUAACCUUGCUCUCUCAUCUGGUGUGAGAGUUGGUUCAGUGGUUGCAGUCUUUAUAUGGGCACCUGAAGAAGAGGAUUAUUACUAUCCAGGAAGGGUCUCUAGGUGGUGGCUUAAGCAAAGUCUUGCUCAUCUUGAUAGUUCAUUGAGGAGCCUUGGAAAUUGCCUCAUAACCAAGAGGUCGUCUGAUAGUGUUUCCUCUCUCUUGGUGGUUGUCAAGUCCACUGGUGCAAUCUGCGGCUUCUUUAACCAUCUCUAUGACCCCCUAUCUCUUGUAAGGGAUCAUAGAUCAAAGGAAGUUCUGACAGCUCAAGGAAUAGUGGUCCAUUCGUUUAAUGUGGAUUUGCUCUAUGAACUAUGGGAAAUUCGCGACCCAAAUGGGCAACCCUUCAUCACUUUUGCAGCAUUUUGGAACAGAUGCCUUAUGCCUUAUGACCCAUUUGCCCCAAAAGAAUAGUUCAGGUUUUUGAUUGUAUAUAUUUACUUCGUAGCCACUUUGUUUGAUGUCAAUCAUUCUCAAGUUACUUUGGCAAGUUACCCACAAAAGAAAAGGAAAAAUUGAUAUCGAGUGUGGUGCUCCCAGUUAUUGGCAUUCAAGCUAAGAUCUCCCUAAUUCCUACAUUGUUUUUAUUUUUAAGGAGAAUUAGUUGACGCAGAAACGAGUGACUAGCUGAAUAUUUUGAAUUAUACUUUUUUA